UGUCUGUUUAAACCACUAGUGAAUGGGAAGGUAAAGAGAUCGAGCUGAGCUGAGCUGAGGGGCUUUAUUGUUUAAAUGCAAGGGCAACAACAUCGGGCUGCAAUCCCGGCAAAUGUUGCAGAUGAUCCUUUAGGACUCGUGAGCUGGGAGAACCCACAGAGGCAAGUUCAUCCCUGGUGCAAUUCCAAAACUGUCAUGGUUUUCUUCACCAGUGGAGUGUGAGAAAUAGAGACUGAAGAAGAUGAGUGAGCUGGAACAGUUACGGCAGGAGGCAGAGCAGCUGCGAAAUCAAAUCAGAGAUGCAAGGAAGGCAUGUAGUGACACAACUCUUGCUCAGAUCACAACAAGUCUGGACUCAGUGGGUCGAAUUCAAAUGCGAACAAGGCGUACGCUUAGAGGUCACUUAGCCAAAAUCUAUGCUAUGCACUGGGGAUCUGACUCGAGGCUACUAGUCAGUGCUUCUCAAGAUGGAAAACUAAUUAUUUGGGAUAGUUAUACAACAAACAAGAUGCACGCCAUUCCUUUGAGAUCCUCCUGGGUGAUGACUUGUGCGUACGCACCGUCUGGAAACUACGUUGCCUGUGGUGGAUUGGACAACAUCUGUUCCAUAUACAACUUAAAAACCAGAGAGGGCAACGUGCGAGUGAGCCGAGAGUUGCCAGGGCAUACAGGAUACUUGUCCUGUUGUCGUUUUCUAGAUGACAACCAAAUUGUCACUAGCUCAGGAGAUACCACUUGCGCUUUGUGGGACAUUGAAACUGGUCAACAGACCACCACAUUCACUGGGCACACUGGCGAUGUGAUGAGUCUCUCUCUAAGUCCAGAUAUGAGGACUUUUGUUUCGGGUGCCUGUGAUGCCUCCUCGAAGCUUUGGGAUAUUCGAGAUGGAAUGUGCAGGCAGUCGUUCACAGGGCAUGUGUCAGACAUUAAUGCAGUUUGUUUUUUCCCUAAUGGACAUGCAUUUGCCACUGGAUCUGAUGAUGCCACUUGCCGACUCUUUGACCUACGUGCAGAUCAGGAAUUAAUGAUGUAUUCGCAUGACAACAUCAUCUGUGGGAUCACUUCGGUAGCCUUCUCAAAAAGCGGUCGCCUCUUGCUAGCAGGUUACGAUGACUUCAACUGCAACGUGUGGGAUACUCUGAAAGGGGAGAGAGCAGGUGUCCUUGCUGGCCAUGACAACCGUGUCAGCUGUUUAGGCGUUACUGAUGACGGCAUGGCUGUAGCUACAGGGUCUUGGGACAGUUUUCUCAGAAUCUGGAAUUAACUGGGAGCCAAACAUGUACAUUCUCCAUUUGAGAUCUGGAGAGAUCAAUGCUGCAGCCUAUAGCUGUGAAAUAACAUUUCUACCUUGUAUUUGCAGGUGAAGUUUUUCUAUUCACUGAUUAUUACACAAAAAGGCUUUCUGUAAACUAGAAAAAAAAAAAAAUCAAGUGAAGAAAUAGGGGAGGGGGGAAGAAAUCACUGACUUUUUAAAGGGGCCAGCACACAUAAUCAUGGUGACCGACAAACUAAGAGCCAGUCUUUUUGUUUUUGGUGGUUUGGUUAGAUUGUCCUUGAAGGGUUUUUGCUUGUGCUCAGUCUGCUAAUCCUGUACUUUUUUUUGUACAUAACAGAAUAUACACAUUAUAGCAGCCAAUCAUGUAACAUUGUCUGUAUGUAAAGAAAUACGUUUGCAUUUUUUAAGGGACUACAUUUAUAGCUUUGCUUUUAACCCAAGAUGUCACUUCUGAGUUUUGUAGUGGAUGAACUAGAUUGCUGUUUUAAAUGUUUUUGUGAAUUUACUGUAGAUAAAGUGAAGCCAAUGGUAUGUAUGUGUUUUUAUAAUGGAAGGCAUUUGAAUUUUUUUUUUUUAAAGGCCCUGGAGACUCCCAGUUAAUACCUACCGCCUUAUUCACUCACUUCUUGACCUGCUUGCCUAUUUUUAAUCAUGGGGUUCUUCCUUCAAGCCAGUGGUUCCUGGUUCAUCCAUUGGCAGUCAUGGCCUCCAAACACCAAGGAGUUAAUGCCAGGCAGACUUGUAACAACAGCAAAAAUACUUACGAAAUAAAAUUAAAAAAAAAAAAAAAAAAAAAAAAACCAUGGUUCCAGAAGUAUUAGCUUCCUUACUGCAGCUUUUCGCAUCAGUUAUUCCGUGCAGUCCUUGGGUAUGGAAGCCAAGUGACCUGCAUUGCUGUCGUUCAGUGGCUGAGUGCUUUUCUUCCUUUUGACAAUUCAGCUCUAACUAAAUGAGGUAAUUCUGGCCCGUCACAGACUCUAGCUGAUUUGCACUAACAGAAUGAUUUGGCGUGGCGCUCAGCGCGCAGAAAGCAGCGUGUUUGCAAAGCUUGCUCAGUUACCACAAUCAGCUGAGAAAUUCGGGAGGACUUUGCUUAAAUUCUUCAAGAAGAUUUAAAUGUGCAGUUAAUCGCCUGUAAUCCCCCUCCAGAUCAGGGGGUUGCCAAAGCAUACCACAACCAAAAGCGCUUGUUGUCAGUUAUGUGCGGUGUGAAUUAUAAAAGGAAUUGUGUAACUUCCAGUGAACCAAAUAACCUGACUUACCUGUGUGACCCUUCCAAACUGCGUACUAUAAACCUAGCGACUCGCUGCUGCUCCUGCGGUCACAGAGGUCUGUACCGCGGUGGCUUAGGAGAUGCCAAUUGUUCUGCAGCUCUGACACUGUAAAUAGCCAUCUCCUCUCCUGUUCCCGAUUUUAUUCCGAUUUUGAUGUCAGUUGCUUUCACUAGGUUCUGAUCAAGUACAGUUGAGUGUAGACAGGAGACAACCGAGUGACUGAUGCCCGUCUGAAACGACCCGGGAAGACUGCUUAACUUUUUGGUGCCUGGCAGCAGGCCUGCGCUUGCAGUGGAUGUUCUCCCGGGGCUCGGAACGUCUGUGGCGCUUUCGAAAAGGGGAAUUAAGUCUGUUGGCUUCUCUUAAGUGACUUACAUUAAAGAUAGGUGAAUUUUAAAUCACCAGGUUGGAAGAUAGGGUUCAUCUGCCCUCAUUUGAAGUUAAUGGGGAGUCUGGGUAUCUCUGGGUCUGGUAGAAAACAUAAGUGCCCGGUAUCUUGUAGUACCAGAACAGAUUUGUGGCCGAGAUGAGUAUUUGUCGUUUCUGACAUUUGUAAUCCUCAAUUCCAGUACUUCCAGACUGUGCCUGUAAACUUGCCAUGUCUGUAACAGUGAAGGUGCCAAUAAAUGGACCAGUCAAUCACAGUAAAUUCACUUUUAAAAGAAGAAAAAGGCGCAUCUUGUGCUGGAGAAGUAUACACGUACUAACAGCAGACUGGGGUGUAGGACCAAAAUCAGACUUUGUUGUAUGUCACAGGAAUUCCUCGGUGUUUUGCUUUACGAUCUGUCUGCAUUAACAGAACUAUUGUGGAAUUCCUGUUACUCUCUUAAGUGAGCAGCUCUUUGGGAUCUUGCAGACUUGGUUGAUUUUUUAGUGGUGCACUUGAUUAUUUCUUUUUUUUUUUUUUUUUUUUUAAACUCACAGCUGCCUUGAGUGAAUCGUUCUGGAAACUUGUUACUAAGGAAUUUUAAAAAAAAUAUUCUUUUUCUAAAGAAUUUUUUUCCGUAGAAGUGUGUUUUGAACCAAUUUCCUAGUCAACACCUUUGCAAAGACAGGUGCCAUUUUUACAUUCUGGUAUUAAAACUAGUUUCUACUUGUGAAACUCCAAAACCAGUUUUACAAAUGUAUAUAACUUUUUCUUAAAAGUUCAGGUAGACUGUAAACAUGGUAAUGGCUCUCAUAGAGGUAUUACAGCAGAUAACUCCACUACCAUUGUUUGAUGGGCAAUUGUCUGUUGGAUGCAGCUGCUUUUAGAAUAAAUAAGGAGUGCCAACUGCUUGCUAAUGAGGUUUCCAAAAGCAUCAUACAGGUAUCUGCCAGCCCUUGCGGGUCGGCUGACGGGCGUGCGUGGCGCUGCAGCUCCGUCCGUCUCGCGGGAGGAAGCGGGGCACAAGCCCCGAGCGCACGUGGGGAAACAGCGAGUGGCUGAUGCUUCGUUUGAUCCUGCCAAGGUGCCGUUUGCUGUUUGGUUACUGUCCUGGAUAGAGUUUAAAAAAAAAAAGCAGCUUACAGCUUUAAUGUAACACGCUGUUGUUACGUGAGGGCGAACAGGGAACCUGUCCUGCUGUGCUCAUGCCUUUUUGAAGCGGCUGGUGGUGACCCCUCACAACUGCUGCCCUUCCUAAAACGGAUGCGGUUUUUAUGGUAAAAGCUCAAACUGCUCCUAACGCGAGGGAGGUAAUAAAGUGACUCUUUAGGUUUUACUAGAAAGGUUUUAUUCCCAGCUUUGAACCUCAGAAGAAAAUGGUGUGUGCCUGUAGGUUGACGAAGGCUCAAGCGUGCAGCGCGUGGGAUUUCUAAGCGCGCGCCCCGGCCGCGGCCUCGCUCCCUGUUCAGAAGGUUUGGCAGCACGAGUGGGUACAGCUGAACCCGGCUUUGGCAACAAGCUUUUAAUCUACAUCAUUACCCGAAUUUCAAGUAACUUGUGUAAUUACAGAAGUGGUCAUGAAGAGCACCGUGCCAAAGCGGUGGCGAGGUGCCUCCCUCCCAGCCUCUCUUCUAAAAAGUCAGUCGGUUGCGGCUGGGGCAGCGGAGCUGUGCGCUUUGCGUGACAAGAUUUAUUGUAUUCAGGUACAGGUUUUUUUGGUCAGCAUUUUCUGAUGUGGAUUUUAACUUUGCAAUAGCAAAUCCUAAUCAGGCCAAGCGCCCACCUGUUUAAACCACCUGUUUGUUGGUAGAGAUGUUGGUCGAGAUUCUGGAAACCGCAAAAAGCUUCUGUGUGGCAUCGUGCUGCUGUAUACUCGCUUACUCCAGCAACGUGGACCUGUUUCCAUCUGUCUCCAGCCCUUUUUUCUUCCAAACAUUGCUAUCCUCUGCCUUGUGAAAUUGCAGGUACGUCGCAGUGUGGGGCAGGACUGAUAGUUCAGUGAAUUGGCAACAAUAUUUACCAUUAGAAAUGGAACGUGGAUGAAAUGGGCUUUUCCCCCUGCCUGAGGAGAGGGCCUGACCUUGCCUUGGCAAAGCCGAAUUGAUGUAACAGCUGGUCCUAGUGUGCUUACUGUAAUGCAUGGGUUGGAAAUAGUUAACUCUUUAAUUCAGUUAGUGUAACCGCUUGUCCCACAAUGAAGUUCACAUUACUUUAAGGUGGAAUGAAAACAUUGUGAAAACAUUCCAAGAGUGCUUAGUCUUUCCUCCUUGAGGACACUGUCACCUCCACUAGGUUUAGUGCUGUGCUUUAAGAUGUUGGUGAGAGUAUUGGCUAAUUCAACUAGUUGGUAUAAAUGGUUGUGUAGCAGAAUGACUGAUUUUUGAGAUAGCAUUUCCUGUACAAGUAAUUAAGCAUGGGUUGAUGGUGCACUUUGUAUACAGUACUCUGGCAUGCAUGCUGGUAAAACUACUUCCUACACUUCAGAGGCACCACAAGCCUUUUUAUCCAAUUGCUGGUUAUGUAAAAUACAUGCAGAAUGUUAAUGCAGUGUUGUUAUGGUAAAUGUGUGAACAGUGUUACUAAUUGAUAUAACUGAUAACAGAUUACAUGUGCCUGACAUUCUUAUACCACACAGUAUGUUUAGGUUUUAACUAAUAUGGACUUCAGUGGAAUAGUCUUAGAUAUUUCAAGCCUUUUGUUUAACUUACACAAUGGUGCUCUAUUUGUGUUUUUCUCCUUUUUAAAAUAAAAGCAUCUGAACACUUGUAGUACAUAUUACAUCCAAAGGAGUCCAAAACAAAAUGCUUCUAAACAUGCUUGAUUUUAAUUUGCCUUUAGUUUCCAGCAUUUCUCAUCAGCUAGGUUUGUUUUGUUUUUUUUCUUUUUUACUUGUUGCUGACUACUUUGGAAAACUUCAGUAAUGUUACCAAUUAUGAAGUGAUUCUGCACUGCCUUUGGAUUGUGUAUGUAUUCAGAAACAGUCUUAAAGCUUUUAUUUAAGCUAUUAAAAAAACCAGGGACUUGUGCCAUUUGUUCUUUAACAGUGCUGUUGUAAAAAGACUUCCCUGUGAAAAAAAAAAUCACUUGCUAUGAACUCUGUUUAUAGCUUUUUUUUUUUUCCACGAUGGAUCUUUUUCUUUGUAUUUGUACAGUGGCUCAGUGAAAGAUGUUGCCAUGAGUUGAUAUUGUAACCAAUAAACAAGUGCUUUUAACCAGA